CACAAAAAAAUCAGAGGAUGGCAAAAAUGAUUGCUCCACGUAGUCUAGUGAAAGUCAAGAAGGAGAAUGCUGAGGACCAUCAUCCACAUCAAAUCAUAGUGAAGUUUCAGCCACCUUCAGGUCCCGAAAAACAGACCAUUGACUGUUGUCAACUCAACACAGUGCUGGAGGCUAUAAAAUCAAAUGAUAAAGUAAAUGAAAUGAUUAAGUGUGCAGAUGAGAAUAUUAUCAUUCAGAUGGGUAGCGAGGAUAAGAAAUAUAUUGUUGCAACACAUUUCCCUUGUUCUUGCAUUAAGAAUAAUGAGUGUCUGACCAUAUCAUGUAAAUCAGAGGCGGUUGAGAAGGCUCCAGACCAACAUGACAAAACUAUAUACCCCGAAGACAGAUAUUCUGUCUUCUACAUUGAUAAACUGGGAGGGCUAAACACAAAACAAAAGGUGCUUUUUAGAAGCACAUGUGUCAAAGAAUACAAGUAUCUCUGUGUGUACGGAGAGAAAGAGUGGACAGUGGAGGAGGCUCUGAGAAGGGAUGGUCGCUUCAUUGAUGACCUGGGCGACUUCAGCCUGUCCAACAAUGAGGAUGCAGAGUGCCUAACGUACCGCACACAAACGGUUGUCAACUUGAACCAGAAAGAGUUUAAGAUACGUCUUCCCAGAAAGAAAAAAACAAAUAAAGAAAAUGCAGGAAAUCCAUCACUUAAUUCACAAAGCAUACGUGAACCAAGGUCAGUCACAGAUGUAGCACAUCAGAGGGGAAUCAGUGUAAAAACAGCAGUAGAAAAGGGAGACCGCAGCAUUGAGGAGAUUUAUGAGGAACUGCGUAAGCAGUUUCCAGAUCUAAAACAAUGUCUGGCCAGUAGAUUAUCUAGUGAUUCUUAUCAGAAAGCACUGGACCUAAGGAAGGAGAAUUUUGGAAAGAUCCAACAGUCUUUUAGUGAGGUCCACAGAGUCCGGAUGUUGCUCAAACUGGGCGCGUCAGUUGGCAAAAUCAUUGUUAAGAAUGUUUGUUACGCAACAUGCUUUGUCCUGUUUGACAGCCUUGUUCUGACUAAUGCACAUUUGUUUAAAGAUCAUUUUGAAGGCAAAGAACUACAUAAUAUAGAGGUGUUUGUUCUUUUUAACUAUGAGGAUCCCCAGCCGAGUACAAAUUUCCAGUGCUUUACUUGCGUGAAUACAUUGGUUGACAUUGAUGUCAAGCUAGAUUAUGCGAUACUGGAGUUCGACCCUCAGAACGAAGAGGGACCAACAGGGCUCCUGAAGAAUUUCGGUAAAAUGCCUCAGACUGGUGAAGCCUGUAUUAUUGGUCACCCAGCAGGAGAAGUGAAAAAAAUGGACCCUACAUUUAUCAUUGCGAAAGAGAAGCGAGCAGACGCUGUUAAUGCUCAUUUAGAUCAGUACAAAGGCACCAUGUUCAUUCUCCUAUCAAUCAGUCAAACUCUCAAAAACAAAGGCAUUGAAAACAUAAUGAUGGAUACACAUGAUCCAGAAAUUGUGACCUACAACACUUUCAUGUACCAUGGCUCCUCUGGAUCCCCAGUGUUUGAUACUUUUGGGAAAGUUUUUGGUUUGCACACUGCAGGAUUUACCUAUGGGUUUCCAAAUCACGAAGAGAGUGUGAUUGAAUGUGCCCAUUCUCUUCUUGAAAUAUUUGAAAGGUUUGUCAGGAAUCUGCAGGGAGAUGGAAAUUUGGAGCUACUGGAAAAAGUUGAGAAAGCAGCAAAGGGAAACAAGCUCCUAGAAGAUGUACUCGAGGCAGCAGAUUACAAUGAGCCAAUGGACAUAAGUUAGUUAUUCAGAUCAGAGAAGUGGCAUACCACAUCUGACUAGAUAUUGACAGUAAUUUAAACUUUGAGUGUCACAAAACUUGUGCAGUCGUGUUUUAUCAUCAAAAAACUAUUUGUUUCUAUUUCAAAACCCCAUUUCCAUUUAAUAUGCCCGUAUAUCACCAUGCUUGAAUUAAUGCAAUAGCUUUUUUAACCUGCCUGAACCAAAACUCUAUUCAUUGACUCAGCUGCCAGGCUUCUUAAAAUUAGGCCUGAUCAUAUCAUUCCUGUUUUAGCCUCUAUACUGGCUCCCAGUUUAUUUUAAUAGAUUUUAGGAUUUACUCUUUACUUUUUAGGAUUUUCAUGGCAGUGUGGUAGAAAUUACUAACAAAUCUUAUGCAAUAGAAGUGAUUACUAAUAAGUUUAUAUGUAAUAGAAGUGAUUACUAAUAGUUUAUAUGUAUUAGAAUUGAUGCUUUUCUAUAGAUUCAAUACUGUGCAUCAACUUUGCUUUGUCUGUCAUUUGCUCUCCCCAUGUCACGACUUUCUUCAUCUCACGAGUUAAGGGUAUUUAUUCUGCCUGAGGCAGCAAUAUUAGGAAUAUCUUGACAGGGAAUAGACAAUGGCAAGAAAAUGCUGAAGGAUGUAUAUGUAUCAACAAAUUAUCUUACUUACUUGGAGUAGCCACAUGACUUGCGUAUGGCGUAUGGAUCACAUGCUAUGUCUAAGAAGUGUCCAUGUAUUGUUGUAUUUCUGCAUGUAUGAGUGUUGGAAAUGAACAUUGUACUCAUGUGAUUUGUAUUACCACAAUGUAUCUAACGUGAGAGAACUUUGAGUAGUGUUAUCGUGGUAUCGUGAAUAAACCUGCAGUGUUUUUCUCACACCUGAGUGUGCCUGGAGAUUUUUGACCACUGCUCUCCCGUUUCAUAUCUUUGGCUUCUUGCACCUUAUGCACCAGUACAUAUUUUUAAGAUCCAUUGGGCCAAUGGAUCUUUGUUACAGAAAGUGAUGUUAUAUCAAUCAUUUGAAUUAUUGUUGUUUUGUGUUGCAUUGUUUUGAAUAUCAGCCAUUUAUUUCAUUUAUGGACCACAAGGUGGAAGUCGGGUUAUUUUUCAAUCUGAUCAUGUGGUACAGGGUUCAGAAAGAUCUUGGAACCCAGUGAAUGCAUGAAAUGCAGCUUUUUAAAUUAGUUCUGCAUUUUGUAAACAUCAUCCAAGUUUGUACACUGAAAGGACCAUAAUUUCUGACAGAGCUCUGUUCAAGCAUGUGGUAUGUCUUAGGAAACAUGUGUCAUGACUGGCAUUGCCAUUGUGUUUUUAGAAAUUGAGUUUAAUGGCAAGCAGUUUGUCUUAAACUAUCAGUUAAAUAACAGGCUUGGCAUGAGCUUUGACCAAAUCUACUGAUGGGGAGAGGUCCGAUCAUAUCACAUUUGAUUCUAAAUCACACACAUUAACACAUGUUUGUCUUACUGUUGUAUUUACUUGUGAUGUUACUCAUGAAUUGAACUUGCGUAGCAGUCGGCAGUAUGUCUUAAAGACCUUGCGAAAUGUUCACAUUCUCUUACAAACGAACUGACGAUGCCAUUGUCCUGCUGCGUUCUGUGAAGUGUUUGUUGAAGCCAUAUGCAUGUAUGUAUAUGUAUAUAUAUCUAUGUGGGCACCGCUAUUUGAGAAAAGUAAAUUUGAAUGUGGCCAAAACAUUUAAUUGUAAGUGCUGGUCUUUUAACCAGAUUAAUGUCAGUUCACCGAAAUGUAAUGUU